UCAACUCUGUAAAGCCAUAUAUAGAUAUCACCGUUCUCCAUUGCCAGAGAGAAUCGCAAAACUGCCAAUUAGCUUACUGAUAUUUAUAUAUUAAUUUGCUUGGUGCAGCGCUAGAAAUUAACAUAGCCAUGGUUGAGCUUACCUUAAGCUUAAGAAUGGUGCCAACACUUUUGGUUCUGUAUUUUUUGCUCUGUUUGGCUUACUUAAGCAGUUGUGAGGCCAGAAUCAGACACUACAAAUGGGAGGUGAAGUAUGAGUACAGGUCCCCAGAUUGCUUUAAGAAGCUGGUUAUCACCAUUAAUGGCAGAUCUCCUGGACCCACCAUCCAGGCUGAGGAAGGUGAUACCAUCGUUGUUGAACUCAAGAACAGUUUCCUGACUGAGAACCUUGCCAUCCACUGGCAUGGAAUUCGUCAGAUUGGGACUCCUUGGUUCGAUGGUACAGAAGGGGUCACUCAGUGUCCUAUACUGCCUGGGGACACAUUCAAAUACCAGUUUGUAGUUGAUAGGCCUGGAACGUAUCUGUACCACGCUCACUAUGGGAUGCAAAGAGAAGCUGGAUUGUAUGGAAUGAUCAAAGUAUCACCUCGUAAUCCUGAACCCUUUACUUAUGACUACGAACGAAGCAUUAUUCUUAAUGAUUGGUUCCACAAAAGCACCCACGAACAAGCCACAGGGUUGUCGUCAAAAGAUCCUUUUGUCUGGGUUGGAGAGCCUCAGUCACUUCUGAUUCAAGGAAGAGGAAGAUUCAAUUGCUCUAAACUCGCAACUCCAAGCCUAGACGCUGGAGUUUGUAACACAUCAAACCCUGAUUGUUCUCCUUAUACACAGACAGUGGUCCCUGGAAAAACGUAUCGACUCAGAGUUGCUAGUUUGACUGCCUUAUCAGCACUCAGUUUUCAGAUUGAGGGCCACGACAUGACGGUGGUUGAAGCAGAUGGCCACUAUGUAGAGCCUUUCCAGGUUCAAAACCUGUUCUUAUACUCUGGAGAGACAUACUCUGUUCUUGUGAAAGCUGACAGAGACCCAUCGAGGAAUUACUGGAUCACUUCCAAUGUUGUUGGCAGAAACAGAACCACCCCACCUGGUCUAGGAGUUUUCAAUUACUAUCCCAACCAUCCACGGCGGCCACCUCCAUCAACUCCGCCGUCUCCCCCUGCUUGGGAUGACGGUGAACUCCGAUUGGCUCAAAGCCUUGCCAUUAAAGCUCACUCAGGCCAUAUAAUCAAACCGCCAUCAUCCUCAGAUAGAGUCAUAGUAUUGCUCAACACGCAGAACAAAAUAGAUGGUUAUGUGCGUUGGUCAGUGAACAAUGUCUCUUUCACUCUUCCUCACACCCCUUACCUGGUUGCCCUCAAACAGAACAUGACCGAUGCAUUUGAUCAGACCCCACCACCAGAUAGCUACGAUUUUCUUGGCUACGACAUUUUCAAUGUGGCAAACAACACAAAUGCCACUACUAGCAAUGGCGUUUACAGGCUCAAGUUCAAUACGACGGUUGAUAUCAUACUUCAGAAUGCCAACACCAUGAACAAAAAUAACAGCGAGACACAUCCAUGGCAUCUCCAUGGGCACGAUUUCUGGGUUCUGGGAUACGGUAAGGGUAAGUUUGAUAUCAAUAAUGACCCAAAGAAAUACAAUUUGGUGAAUCCUAUAAUGAAGAACACUGUGCCGGUGCAUUCAUAUGGUUGGACAGCUUUGAGGUUUAGGACAGACAACCCAGGAGCGUGGGCUUUUCAUUGCCAUAUAGAGGCACAUUUCUCUAUGGGGAUGGGUGUGGUUUUUGAAGAAGGAAUUGAGAGGCUGGGUAAGCUGCCUUCAUCCAUCAUGGGUUGUGGUAAGACUAAAGGAUUUCACCAGCCUUGAUUCAACUCGUGCCGUUUCAGUUUUGUCUCACAACACUCCUUC